AAGACGCUUGGCUGGGCGGCGAGACCGCAGAGGGAAAGCUCUGAGAGGUGUAGGGACACGUCGGGCGAGCUCCGAGGUCGUUAAGGAGGGGGAAUGUGGGGUGCAAAUAAUGGCCUUGGGGCGGGGAAAGGCUGAGAGUUGCAGGACUGAGAGAGAACCCCGACUGGAAGGCCGGAAACCUGGGUCUGGUUCGCGCUCGGCCGUGGACUCGCUGAGCGACCUGAGGCAAGUCGCUUUGCUCAAUUUUUCCCCACCGUAUCGAGAGAACUUGUCCAUCCGAACCUCCCUCACAUCCCUGACUGGCUGGCUGUCUUGUUGGAUGAAGAUCUCUCGAGAUCUGCGCGUAGCAGCCAACGAGCCCCUGUCCUCGUAGUCCCCACAAUCGACCGAUAGCGUGGGCCGCGGCUCCUCCCUCCCAGAAUGGCGUUGCCUGCGGCGGGGGCUUGCAGGCGUCUCCAGGCCUCUGGCUGGGUCCCCGUGGCACCUCCCCUGCGUGGGGGCCGUGAGGGGAUGGGAGCCGUCCAGCAACAAGCCUGAUGAAGGGAUCAGAGAACUGCCAUACCUAUGUGCGCAUUUGUAUUUAAGAUAGUAACUGUCCAGACACUAUUGAAGACGCCAGCAGUGCUCCCGCCAGAACAGAGGUUCUAGCAGGGCCAAGGCCUCAAAGACCUCAGGGACUUCUUUCAGUACUCACAGAAACCUCCUGCACCCUGGUGAUGACACAUAGGGACUGUUUUCUUGCUCUAUGUCUGAAUGACUGCCAAGAAGGAAGGCAAAGGUAGAACAGUUGGAUCUCUGGCUCUCCCCAUAGCUUCUAAUCUCAGAUCUUAUUAAACUCCUUUCUGCACCCAAGGACAAAGCUCACUCGAACAAAUGAUUUUGAGUCAUGAAUGAAAAAUCUUGCUCUUUCCAUAAUGAGAAAGAAUUAAGUGGACAGGUUGAAAGUGUGUCUGCUGGGUACUCUCCACCAUAUGACGAGGACAACAGUGCUCUUCUGGCUUUCAGAGAAACUCCUAUCUCACAGCUGAAGAACCACAGCAUCCUUCGGGCCCUGACAGCAGAAGCUUAUGGAUGGGCGCCAGAUGUUGUGAGCACAGAGGUGCUCAGAGCCCAAGGAGAAUGGGAAGCCGUGGACAACGUCCAGCCAGAGACAGGGCGCCAGGCCAACUCAAAGCAGCCUGGGCAGCUUAUCUCCUUCAGUGAGGCCCUGCAGCAUUUCCAGACUGCUGACCUCUCCUCCUUCAAGAAAAGAAUCCAGCCAACAAUUCGAAGGACUGGGCUUGCUGCCCUUCGGCACUUCCUCUUCGGGCCUCCAAAGCUCCACCAGGGCCUCCGUGAAGAAAGGGACUUGGUCCUCACCAUUGCUCAGUGUGAGUGCCCUGGUGAGGUCAGGCAGAGAGCACUGUUUGCCCACCCUGCUACUAAGCCUCACUCAAGGGUCUUGCAUAUUCCGUGUUGGCGUGGGGAGCAGGAACUGAGGGGUGGCCUGGAUAGCCAAGACCCAGUGCAUGGCCGAGUCCUCCAGACCAUCUACAAGAAGCUGACGGGCUCCAAGUUUGACUGUGCCCUCCUCGGAGAUCACUGGGAAGACCUGGGCUUUCAGGGAGCAAAUCCAGCCACAGACCUGAGAGGAGCAGGCUUCCUUGCCCUCCUGCAUCUGCUAUACCUGGUGAUGGACUCAAAGACCUUGCUGAUGGCCCAGGAGAUUUUCCGCCUGUCUCGUCACCACAUCCAGCAAUUCCCCUUCUGUUUGAUGUCCGUGAAUAUCACCCGCAUUGCAAUCCAGGCCUUAAGGGAAGAGUGUCUCUCCAGGGAGUGUAAUCAGCAGCAGAAGGUGAUCCCAGUAGUGAACAGCUUCUAUGCCGCCACUUUCCUCCACCUCGCUCAGGUGUGGAAGACGCAGCAGAAGACCAUCUCAGACUCAGGCUUUGUCCUCAAAGACUUGGAAGUGUUAGCCAAGAAGAGCCCAAGGCGGUUGCUCAAGACCCUGGAGAUCUACUUGGCCGGAGUAUCAAAGGGACAGGCUUCCUUGUCGGGAGUGCAGAAGUGCCACCGGGCACAAGCCCCUCACUCCAAGGACCUCACUUUCAUGGGCGUGUGCGACCUGCCCGCACCCUCCUCCGAAGGCGCAUGGCCGAGCUGACCAACCUGGGGCUGACUGACAGAGAGACUUAAAGGCCGGGGCACAGGCAAACCAUCCCAGGGACACCUCGGCUGGGCCUAGCCCCUUCCCCUCUCAGCAUAAGGGAUAUAGGCGGCUCCCUGGCCUGGUUAGAGGAGCCAAUGACCCUCGUCCUCGUGACAUAUCAGGGAGUUACACUUGACCCGCUCCCUACAGCUCUGCCUCCAGAACAAGAACUUUGCUGUAACCUUAGUUGGGCUACAGGUUACCAAGCUGGGUUCCAAGUCACCUUGAGAGUGAAAGGGUCCUGAGGUGGGAGCGCCCCAUCUGGAUGUUCCACGUACCCGCACAUUGAAGGACAUUCCUAAGUAGGGCUUUCAGGGCCCAGCUGGCUGUAAGACAGGAUCAUACGGUAGCUGGAAUUUGAAGGGAGAAGGUAGCCGUGGCAGCAGCCAACAGGGGCAACAUGAACCAGAGCAAGCUACCCAAGGCCGCAGCUGGGCUGGCUUUACUCUUCUCCAUCCACCAGGCCAGUGUCAGGGUCCCCCUGGGGUUGCUGGCCUUGCAUUUACCCCGCUGCCGGGCCCCUGUCUCUCCUCCCUGCUUUGUGUCUCCAUUGCUGCCCAUCCUAACCGCCUACCAGCUGGGCUUCCCCAUGGGGGCUGCGCAGGUUCCACCAAAGACGGUUUUCUAGCCUGGUUGAAGGGAGGAGGAAAUUCACACAGCAGUUAUUGAA